CGGAUGGACCUAUCAGAGGCGCCGUUUCAUGGCAGGUACCCGGAUGUAGCCGUGGGGCAAUUAGCUACGUCAUUGUUCACCGGCGGACACCCGUUGGAAAUAAGAAAUGGAUUUAAAACGGCUAUUAAGAUGUUCAUAACAGACUCCAGAAAUGGGAAAACCCUUUAUUGUUCCACAGUGUGGAAAUUCAAGUGUACCAGCUGCAAAGUAAGAGCCAAAUGGAAGCAUGCAGAUUCCCAUAAAGCUAUGAACAAUGACCAUAGUUGACAGAUUGUCAGAAAAAUCUGACCACGAGUCAGUUGGAUUUAACCGAUCCUUCACCAGUGGAGAAGUGGGGAUGGACGGCAGUUGUUCCAGUAGUUGGGCGGUGGGUCCCAGCAUGGCCGGUGACUCUCCGAGGCUCAAGUCUCCAGGAGGCUGCCUGGGUCCGAUGCCAGGGGCUGCCGUCUAUAACGGCACUCACCCCACUGUGGACUGUCCCAAGGACCAAGUAAUGAGCAGUGAGGAUGGCAUUGACUCACCCCAGAAGGUCCUGUUUCCUCCGGAGCGGCUCAGCUUAAAGUGGACACAGGUUCACCGCAUCGGUGCUGGCCUGCAGAACAUGGGGAACACAUGCUUCCUCAACUCAGCCCUGCAAUGCCUCACUUACACUCCGCCGUUAACCAACUUCAUGCUGUCAAGGGAGCACUCCAAAACCUGUCAUGAGCCUGGGUUCUGUAUGAUGUGCACAAUGCAAAACCAUAUCAUUCAGGUUUUUGCCAACUCUGGGAAUGUCAUUAAGCCCAUCGGUGUCCUCAAUGAGCUUAAACGAAUAGCAAAGCACUUCCGCUAUGGAAGCCAGGAGGAUGCACAUGAGUUCCUGCGGUACACGGUGGACGCUAUGCAAAAGUCCUGCUUACCUGGAACUAAAUUGGACCGGCAAACGCAGGCCACCACUUUCAUCCAUCAAGUAUUUGGAGGGUACCUCAGGUCCAGAGUAAAAUGUCUGAACUGCAAAUCAGUUUCUGAUACAUUCGAUCCUUUUCUGGAUGUCACUUUGGAGAUUAAGACGGCACCGAGUGUCUCCAAAGCUCUGGAGCAGUUUGUCAAACCAGAACAGCUAGAUGGUGAAAAUGCCUACAAGUGCACAAAGUGCAAAAAAAUGGUUACAGCCUCGAAGAGAUUCACAAUCCACCGCAGCCCCAAUGUGCUCACCCUUUCACUAAAACGAUUCGCAAACUUCACUGGAGGAAAAAUCACAAAGGAUGUUAAAUAUCCGGAAUACCUGGACCUGCGGCCCUUCAUGUCUCAGUCCCAAGGAGAGCCUCAGAUCUACGGCCUGUACGCUGUGCUGGUCCACUCUGGCUUCAGCUGCCAUGCUGGACAUUACUUCUGCUACAUUAAGGCUAGCAAUGGUCAGUGGUACCACAUGAACGACUCCUCUGUGUCUAUGAGUGACGUCCGCUCUGUCCUCAACCAACAGGCCUAUGUGCUUUUCUACAUUAAAUCAUGUGAUGCGAAGAAGUCUGGGGACUACAGCAAUCUGAGCCAUAACCCAGGUAUCCCUGGUCAGUCGUCUCCCCGGCCGGUGGUAACGCAGCGCAUCCACACCGCCAUCCCCCACAGCAACACAGGCUUCAUAGGUCCCCAGCUCCCACCACACAUGACCAAGACUCCUCUCCAUGUUAAUGGGAAUGGAUCUCUGAGGGACUAUCCCAGCAACUCUAAGGCCAGCAGCAGUGCAGUUGGAAAACCUAACCACGGAGGAGCUUCUUCCUCAGCCUCCCACUCAAUCAGCCGACCCACGUCGAUUCCAGACCAAGAGAAGCGUCAGAAACUUUCGUUCUUUAUCGGACAAGGCAAACAGAACCGCCCAUCUUCCUCCUCCUCCUACAGCCACCCAUCCUCAGCAAGCGGCUCCUCCUCCAGCUCUUUAUCUGCCUCUCAGUCUACCUCAGACGUUCGCUUUGUUCCACGUCAGCUAAACCAUGUUAACGGCACGUCUUGCAGUAACGGGGAUCAACCUGCCGGUGGAAGUGGGUCCUCUUUCUUGGUGCCGUACAGUCAGGAGUCUUCGGAAGAGUCGGACCAGGAGAGCUGUAGCACUCAGGAUAUGGGCUGCACGUCCAAGCUUCAGGCUAAGGGCAGUAAUGCCACAGGAGAAGUCUUCGCCCCCUCUUCUAAAAACAUUAACGGUGAAAUAAAUCUGCAUCAUAACAGUAGUGAAUUGAAUGGAUCAGCCUCUGAAUUAACUAAAAAAAACCAAAAUGGACAAUUUAAUGGACACCACAGAGUAAAUGGACAAACCCCUGAUAAGGUAUCCACCCAUAAUCACACCAGUUCCUCUGUGAAUGCUGUUGCCAAUGGACUUGGCAGUGACCAUAAGGAAGCAAACAGAGACUCCGCCUCAUCCCAGGCUGCUUCAGAGAACAUUCAUCCUGCCGCUAAAGAAAGCCAACCUCUCCCUGCUGCUGAUGAAAGGGUUAAAGUGCUGCCCGAACCCCUUCCUCACCAAACACCAUCCUCUGCUGUCAGCGCUUCACCUUCAGCCACUUUAUCCAAGACCCAGUCUGUUGCAUCUAGAGACUCGGCUAGUUCUGGGUGUCCCGUGAACUUCUCAAACGUAUCCUCAGAACCAGCCCGCUGUGAAAGGGGUAACGGGGUUUCAGCAGCUGCUGAGAAUUUUAGCAAGAAUGAGGACGUUAAGGAUUCCCCACAGAACAAUGGUCCAUCAGCCAGGACUGAAACUAACAUGGAGGAAAAGGGACAGUGCCAGUCCAAGUCAGGUUCUAGAGGCAUUGAAAGACAGACCUCCCAUGACAGGGAGAGACUUUACUCUGAGCACAGCAGAGACAGAGAGAAACACUACAGGGACAGAAGUCUGCCACGGGAAAGUCACAGCGACCGCCUUCGCUACAGACGAGAUUACCGAGAUCACCAUCGCUCAUAUAGGGACCGGUAUCCUCCUCCUGAAUGCAGCUACAGGGACUGGGACUACGACCGGCGCAAGGACCGAGCUGGCUGGCCCUCCUGGGAGCCUGAUCGUGAGCGACGCUCUUACCAUUACAGCCAUUACCAUCACAGGUUUGAUUUGAGCCACGAGAGGAGAGGACACCCCCGUCUUCAAGAGCCUCACGGUCGCUGCAGGUGGCAACAGGACGGUCGGGAGUCCUGGCCAAUGAAGGACAAAAGGAAUGGGUGGGACAGGGACAGUUACUAUUCAAAGGAAAGGAGUCCCUCUCCUGGUGGUACCGGCCUAGAAUCAAACAAGUCCAAGGUCUCCCCCCAUCGGAAUCAUCUCUCUAAUGCUUCUUCAACUCAUAAGAGGGAUGAUCAAAGUGAUAAGAAGACAGCUGCUUAUCUGAGAAAGGACAGAGAGGACAGCUCAGAGGUACAUCGCUCGAAAAAGCAUAAAAAGAGCAAGAAGAAGAAGAAGUCGAAGGAUAAAGACCGGCACCACGAAAGCAGCUCUGAUCUGGAUUCAGACAGAGCAGCUGAAACCAGGAAGAGGAAGAAGAAGAAGAGACGGCACAGGGACAGUGAUUCAGAUUCAGGGCGAGGCCACACCAACAGGAGCAGCAAAGACGGGGAGAAUCGAAAACGGCAUCACUCUGACAUGAAGGACUCGAGGUACGAAAAAGACUUUUUACCGGAAAAACGUCACCGCAGCGACUUAGCAGUGGGAGGCAGGGACCACCCAUCACCAUCUCACCAUAAUCCCUCCUCAAACCAUUCAGUGCACCAACAUCUUAACGGAUACACAGGAAAUGGUCGAACCAAUGGUGACUUCAAUGGAUUUUCAAGUGGCCUCAAGUAGGAAAAUUAAUCCAUCUACAAUUUUGACAACAGCAAUGGAAUGAUAUCACACAACUCUUUGAAGUGGUGCUUCUUCACUGGGAAUAAAACCUUUUUCUUUUUUUUACAAGACUAGUGUUUUAAAUGUGUAAAAAUCCAACAUUUUAACAGUGUUCAUUUUAUUUCUGUUUAUUAUCAUACUGUUGAAAACUAAACCACCUGUUAAACAUUCAUAAAUCAAAUAUAAUAUAUAGUUAUUUGAGUACCAACCAAGCCUGGAGCUUAAACAUCCCAAUUGCUGCUCAGUGAAACUCAGGACUCAAACACAUUUAUCACUUAUCCACAUGCUUCAAGUAAUAAUGAGACAAAGGGAGAAUGUGUCGUCUAAAGAGAAAAAACAGAAGACUGCUUGUCAUUAUGUUAAGAAGUUUAAGAUGUCACCAUAUCUGCAGAGCUGCAGUGUUUUCAGUUUGAAGCUGUUCUGUGUUGUUGAACUAACAGGAGAUAUUUAUGAGGGCAGCGGUGCGAACAUGGGUUUCACUCAUACCUCCAUGUUAACCCUGGACAGACUUGAGGACAUUUUUUUGCUUUUGUUUGGUUUUUGUUUCUUUAUUUUCCCCAAACUUUCUCAGUUAUCCUCUGAUGCCUAAGAAUCCCAUUUAAACCAUUUGAUUUCUUUCUCAUUUUCAUUUCUGUCUCCUGUCUUCUAUGGCAUUCAGAAAGAAAAUGCGUUUUUUGUCACAGUUGUGGACCAUUUGUGUUUAGUUAUUUUUUUUAAUGAAAAAUACUGUUCGUCUUCUAGCAUCAUCAAAUAUACUGUGAAGUUAUGUUUGAACUGUAAUAUCAGUUAUUUUUAUACGUAAAAAGCCUGUAUCAGGAUCCUUAUGCUUUGUCUGUAGAAGGAUUUGUGUUGGUUUCGGCCAUGUUCUCUGGACAUAAGUCAGUAGUGGGUAUGAUGAGACUUUUGGGGGGAGGUUGGGGGGUAUUUCUUUGUUUUUCAACUUUAGGAGGACGAUCAAACUGCUGUUAUACCUUUUUAAUUUAGCAUGUCUGAAUUUAUACAUUGUAUAAGGUAAAAGCCUUAAAUACAUUUAUUGUCAGAAAUUGUAAUUUCUGUCUUGGAAUUUGUUUACAAGCUGUAUUGAAUGACAAAUGUCGAUUGAUGUUUUGCAUUUAUUUACCUUUUGUAUUAUACUGAUUGAUUGUACGGAAGCCUUUUUGUUUAACAAACACAUCGUCUAGUUCAGUUGAAAUGUAGAUGAUAAACCUACCAUAUAUCCAGGGUUCCUUAAAUAACAGAAACCGGAUGACUUUGCUCAGUA